AUGUCUUUUUCUUCCCAAUCUUUUAAGAUAGAAGGAGUAGUAAGUUAUACAAAUGAAAGUAUUAGUUAUUUAAAUUUAGGAAAAGGAAUUACAGGAAGAUUACAUAAAAUUAAUAGUACAAAGAAGAUAGAAAUAGGAGAGAAAAUAGAAUGUUAUAUUAUUGGAAUACAAGUUAAAGGAGAAAUAAUUAAAGAAAAAGGAAAAGAAAUAGAAGGAAGAAUAGAAAUAGUUGAAUUAAGUAUGAAGGAAGAAGGAAAUAUGGAAGAAAAAAUUCAAGAAGGAGAAGAAAUCGAAGGAAUUAUUAGUAGAGAAAUGAAAGAUGGAUAUAUAAUUUCGUUUAAUUCAAUACUUAAAGGAAAAUUAAAUUAUAUUGAAAUAGGAGAUAAUAUUGAAGAAAUUAAUAUAAAUAAAAAAGAAUAUAAUGUUGGAGAUAAAAUAAAAGUUAAAGGAUAUUAUAGUAAAGAAAAUAUCUAUUUAAUAAAAGACAAAAAAGAAGAAAUUAAAGAAGGAGAAAUUAUUGUUGGAGAAGUUAUUGGUAAUAAUACAAAAGAAUUAAAAAUUAAAGUAUUAAUUAAAGGAAAUAGAAUAGGAUAUAUUCAUUAUUGUGAUAUAAGUAAUGUUUUUAAUCCAUUUCCAAGAGAUUAUUUACAAAAUGGAAAAUAUAUUAAUAUGUAUGUACUUUCAAAUAAACCCGAAAUUUUAUGUUCAAUGAGAAAAGAAUAUUUAAAAGAAGCUUAUGAUGAAAUAUUCCCACCAUUAAUAGGAGGAGUUCAAACACGUAUUGUAACAAAAGAUACUAUUAAAGAAGGAGAAAUUUUAACAGGAUAUAUUAUAAAAAGUAGUGAAGAAGAAGGAGUUGAUGUAAUGGUAUCAAGAGAUGUAACUAUUCAUGUAGCACCAGGAGAAUUAUUAGAUAAUACAAGUUAUCAUGGGAAAGAUUUUUCAAGAAUCUUUUGUAUUCAACGAUUAGUAAAAGUAAGUAUCAUUGAUAAAGAAGGAUUAGAAGGAACAUUAAAACAAAGUGUUAUUUAUCCAGGAAUAAUUAAAUACUUUAAAGAUAUCAAAGAAAAUAUAGUAACUAAAUGUGUUAUAGUAAAUAUUACAAGUGAAGGAUUGUUUUUAAGAUUCUUUAAUUCUAAUAUUCGAGGAUUAUGUCAUUGUAGUAAAAUAGAAGAUAAAAAAUUAACAAAGAAAGAAAUGGAAAAGAGAUUUAAAAUUAAAGAUGUCAUAAUGGCAAAAGUAGUUCAUAUUGACAAGAAGAAACAUCGAGUUAAUUUUAGUAUCAAACCAGAAGAUGUAGGAGAAGUAGAAAUGAAAGAUGAAGAAGAAACAAUAGCUAUUGAUCCAUGGAAAUUAGCAUUAAAAAGAAAAGAACAAAAAAGAAGAAAUGAAGAAAAAGAUAUUGCAAUUAAAGAAGAAAUGAAAGAUGAAGAAUUUAAAGAAGGAGUAGAAGAUGAGGCUAACAUAGAAUGGGAUGAUCCUACUAAAGAAGAAGAAAAACAUGAAAAUACUACUAUGGAAGAGGAAGAAGAAAUAGAAGAAGGUAAAGAUAAUAAUAAAGAAGAAGGAAGUAUGGAAGAAGAUAAAGAAGAAGAAAAUAUGGAAGAAGAAGAUAAAGAAGAAGGAGAAAGUGAAGAAAUUGUAUUAGAUUUAGAUGAAUGUCAAAAAGGAGUUGAAAAAGACCCAGAUAAUUCAAUAGAAUGGAUUAAAUUAAUGCAAUGUUUCAUUCAAAGAAAAGAAAUAGAUGAAGCAAGAAAAGUAGGAAAGACAGGAAUAGAAAGUAUCAAUUUUAGAAAAUUAGAAGAGAAAUUAAAUAUUUGGAAAGCAUUAAUGCAAUUAGAAGCUAAUCAUGGAGAUGAAAAGAGUUUAAAGAAAGUAUAUAAUGAGGCAUUAGAGGUAUGUGAUAGGAAGAAAAUCAUGCUUCAUAUGAUUCACAUUUACAAAGAAAAGAAAGAGGUAGAAGAAGAAGAGAAAAUCUUCAGAACAUUAUUUAAGAAAGUUAAAGGCAGUUGUAAAGUAUAUAAGAAAUACUGUAAUUUCCUAAUGAGAAACAACAGAGAAGAAGAAAUCAAAAACACAUUAAGCAAAGCAAAAACAACAUUAGAUAAAAAGAAAAUGAUAAGUUUAGAAAUUCAUAUUGCCCGAUUAGAAUAUAAAUAUGGAUCAGUUGAUAAAGGAAGGUCAAUGUUUGAAGAUAUUUUAACAAACAAUCCAAAACGACAUGAUGUUUGGAAUAUUUAUAUUGAUAUGGAGAAAGAAGUAGGAGAUGUAGGAGUAAUAAGAAGAAUAUUUGAACGAAUAGUUAAACAAAAACUAAGUACAAAGACAAUGAAAACAUUCUUAACUAAAUACUUAGAAUUUGAAAGAAAAUAUGGAGAUGAAAGUAGACAAGAACAUGUUAGAGACAUUGCUAAAUCAUUUGUUUCAACAAAAUGA